UUGGAUUCCUCUGUUGAAGCAACACCCUAGUUGAAAUUUACCUUAAUCCUUAAGCCAAAAAAAAAAAUAAAAAAUUGUCUUCAUCUUUGAUCACAUGGCUUCACUAAUUUCUACCCUCUUUAUGUUCUUCUUCAUCAUCAUCAAUAUAAGUUUUACCUCAGUUGUUGGUGAAGUGAUCUUUGAAGAUGGUUACUCAGUCAGCACAGUGAUUGAUGGCCACAAGCUUAAUAUUAACCCUCACUCAAUCAUCCCUGUAUCUGGUGGUGAAGCUAAUCUCAUCAUUCUUGAUACUUCUGCCAGUACUUUUUACACUUUAUCAUACAACAAAGGCUCAGAUUUUUCUAUUACGAAGUUAACUGGUAGUGGCAUUGGCUAUGUGGAUGGUUCUCUGGAUAAGGCUAAGUUCUACAAUCCGAAAAGCUUUGCUGCUGAUUCAAAAGGGAAUAUUUAUGUUGCUGAUAUUAAGAACAAGCAUGCAAUUAGAAAGAUUAGCAAGUCAGGUGUUACUACCAUAGCAGGAGGUUAUUCACCAACAGCAGGCCGUGCUGAUGGACCUGGAUUAAAUGCCACAUUCUCAGAAAAUUAUGAGCUUUCUUUUAUUCCUGAAAGAUGCACUUUAAUGAUCUCAGACCUUGGCAAUAGUUUAGUCCGUGAAAUAAAGCUCAAGGCUGAGGAUUGUUCAAGAGAUUCUCAUUCUGAUCUAAGAGCGGUUUCUACAUGGCUCUUAACUGUGGGGCUUCCCUGCUUGGUCUGCUUGAUUCUUGGGUUUGUCAUUCGUCCUUAUGUUAUCCCAAAUGAUCACAGCAAUCGUCUUCAACACAACAUGACAUGGAAGCACUUCCUAAUCAGUCUGGAGAGACAAGUUCUGAUGUUCUGCUUCGGCAUCAGAAACGUAGUUGUUGAUUCAAAUAUCUAUUCGCUUUUAAGGAAGCUCGUAUUGCUUAGCUUCUCCCAUCUGCGUCUAAUGUUUAGUCCUAAAGUAGUAGUAUGCCAGACUUCUCGUAGACAACCAGCGCCUCUUUUAAAUUCUGAUGACUGUGGAAUCAAAGAAUUAGCAAACUCGCUGGUGGUAGCUAACAGUUUAGGGGAUUUGAUAACUUUUGAUGGAAGUUUAGACAACUCUGAGCUGACUACUAGUCAAGAUGAUGUGGUGAAGGAAAGUACCGAUGUUUCUGUUGUAGACAGCAUGAUAUUAGCUAAUAUAAAAGGGUUUGCAGAGCAAGGGAAUGCUUCUUCAGGGCCUGAAGUUUCACAUAGCAUUUUGAGCUUAGUUAAUCAAAAAAGGAAAAUAGUAUAGUGAAGUCUAGUAGUAUUAAUGUAUUGUUAACUUUUGCAACUGUGUUGAAAGUAGUCAGUCUAUCUGCUAUCACUUUCAUGUACAUAGUAAGGACCAGCAAAUGACAGCUCCUUUUGAGUUACUAUUUCUAUUGUGUUUCUUGUUUGAAUGAAGUGAUGCCUCUUUUUGGAAAA